UAUAAUACAGGCUUAAAGGACUUUCUAUUAUGGAUGAAGUGUCAAUAGUGUCAGUUGGAUUUAAAAUGUCAGUUGCAAAAUGAGAUUAUAUAUUGCUAUUGUUGUGAUAAUUAUUUGUUCUCUAUGGAAUCAAAAUAAAGGUUUAGUGCAUGCUAGCACAAAUAAAAGCACCGAUCAGCAAUUGGACUAUAGGCCUGAAGGUCCUCUAGUUUUGUGUAGAUUUUUAUCUAAGGAAUUUAUAGAAUGUGAGGAUCCAAUUGAUCACAAAGGAAAUAAAACUGCCAAGGAUGAGACAGGUUUUGGUUGUGUCAAGUUUGGAGGGUCUCGAUAUGAAGAAGUUGAGAAAACUAAAGUAUCUUGUACAGUGCUGCCAGAUAUCGAAUGUUCUGGAGCAAGGACAUUUUACCGUGAAGGUGUACCUUGUAUAAAAUACAGCGAUCAUUAUUUUGCAACAACUCUGCUCUAUAGCAUUUUACUUGGUUUCCUUGGCAUGGAUCGAUUUUGUCUCGGACAAACUGGGACAGCAGUAGGCAAAUUAUUGACACUGGGUGGUAUGGGUGUAUGGUGGAUCGUCGAUGUUAUCUUGUUAGUAACAAACUCUUUACAACCUGAGGAUGGUAGCAACUGGAAUCCAUAUGUAUAGCAUUUUAAGAUUUGUUCUUUUUUGUGCAUAUAGUUUAUAGUUAAUCAUAAAUUUAUAUUGUAUUGCAUUAAAUCACUAUGUUCAUAUUGG